AUGAGUUUGUGGGUAGAUAAAUAUCGUCCUACCUCUUUAUCCAAGCUAGAUUACCAUAAGGAUCUCGCAACUCAUUUAAAGAAAUUGGUAAGGGAGCUGUUUACGAACAUUUCGUACGAUCUCCAACGCCAUGAUGGAUCGAGUCAUUUUAAGCUUAUUACGAGUUACAAACUAACUUACAAGGUUCGCUCGGAUAACUAUUUGUGAUUUACAAUUCAUCCUUGUUUUUUUGUUCUUUUUAAGGUACAUUGUGGUGAUUUUCCACACUUGCUGGUUUAUGGCCCCUCAGGGUCUGGAAAGAAAACUAGAGUAAUGUGCAUUUUGAGGGAACUUUAUGGUGCUGGUGUGGAGAAAUUAAGAAUUGAACAACAGAAUUUCACUGUACGUGUAGUGUGUUCUAUAGUUUGAUCUUUUACAUUUAGUUAGUCUAUGUUCUAUGAAUGGUUGCUCUGACCAGCUGUACUCAGUACUGCAGGCAGACUGCCCUCUGUUUAUCUGCCAAUUCGUCUGUCUGUGUUCAGUACAGCAAUAUUGAGGCCCUGCCAGUGGGGGUCCCAUGUCGCCUGUCUGAAUGUCAAAACGUCCUGUGUCGGUGGUUAUAAAUGCUUCACAUUGCUGUCGGAAAUUGGACAAAAAUUCUUUGUCUUUGUCGGAAUUUUAGAAAAGAGGGGUAGAAACCAUUACAGUUCUUCAAUUUCUCAGUUAACAUUUCGCGUAUUGAACACCAUAGUUGUGUCGUGAUUUCAUUUUAUGCUCUGUUGCUACUUUUUGGGUCAUGUCGCUUGUCAGAAUUUGCCCUAGCAAGGCCUCGAUAUUCAUGUAAACCUAUUUUUAAACACCUGGCCUCAGUUGUACAAAAGGUGGAAAGGCUAUCCACUGGAUAAAUCACUAUCACUAUCCAGUGGAUAGUGCAAUUGGUUUCCCUAAUACAUGUACAAUGUAAUUAUGCACUGGAUAUUGAUUUAUCUGAUAAAGUGCUAUCCAAUGUCUGAACAACUGGGGCCUGUACAUAUGAUAAAUAUCUUACUAAGGCCCUGUUUGCACUAGGCAAAAUUUUGUUUGUUUUGCCAAAAAAUCUGUCAGCAGGAAGCCAUUUCUAGUGCGAAUGAUUUUGUUCACCGACCAAAAUUUUCCCAACUGUCACCAAAGUUCAAGGAUGCCAUUGAGAAGAUUUGAAGGCCUACCAUUUUUUGUCAGGCGACAAACUCUGUUGUUCCUUGAAAGCUAUCCUUCGUCAGGUCAUCUUAUUUCGCGUACAUGACCAAGUUCCUUUACUUGACAUUUCUGGUUAGACAAAAAAUUUCUCACAUCUCAGAUGCAAACAAGGUUGUAAAAAAAAAAUGGUGAGUACAAAAUUUUCAAGAUUUUUUUUGCAGAUGCACAACUCUCUUUUUUGUUGUAGUGCAAACAGGGCCUAAGUUAGUUUAUUUUCCUUGCUGCACUGUAAGCUACAUUAUGUCACUUUUUGGGUUGCAAUGAUGGCUCACAAGCGCUGGGUCUAUCUGAUAAAACUAGGUUUGUAGUUCGUAAACGUACAGUAUGGACUUCAAACUCAUGUAUAUAAAAUCUUUUUUUUUUCUGCCAGACACCUUCAAACAAGAAGAUUGAAAUGUCAACAAUUGGUAGUGCUUACCAUUUAGAAGUCAAUCCAAGGUAAAAUUAUCUUAAAGUUAAUUUUCAAUGCCAUUGUAUCAGACCUUGCUAAAAUCAAUUUUCUUGGCUUUACAGCCCAUCAAUUAGAAAAGCCUCCAGUUAGGAUACUGGCCCAAACGAGUUUCUCUUCAUUAUUUCUUUCCUUUUAAUUUCUGUACUUUUUACACAUCUAUUAAAACUACAUGGUUACACUAAAUAUUUUACCAAGAGAUAAGACCUUUUACCUGAUAGAAAGAAUAAAAAUGCUUGCCUUACUGGUUUUUCCAGAGAUAGAUUUGACUAUGGGACAUAACCUUGAAUAAAUAAUGUUUUGAGUUAGCACAUCCACGUACUGGUUUUUUGUUCACCAUUCCUGGUCAAAUUAGAACUUGGAAAAAAUGCUGGUUUUUGCGGAGAGGGGAAAACCAAAAUAUUUGAAGAAAAACCCUAUGGAGCAAAAAAGAGAACCAAAAACAAACUUAACCCACAAAUGGCAUCAAUGUAGGGGUUUCAAACCUGGCCACAUUAGCAGGAGGCAAGUGCACUCAGCACUGCUCCACCCUUGGAUAUAUAACAUGUAUGUUCAAUGUUAAAAAAACUGAAUUGGUGGUAUUGUGAUGAAAUCCUGAGGUACAGGUAAUAGACAAAUUAUUACAGGUGGUGAGUAUUGCAGGAAAUAUACUGGAAAAAGACACUUUUAUCUUGGUGUGUAAAUCCCAGGGUUCUCAUUAAGUUUUAAAGUAGAGAGCUAGCAUGUAAAAGUAGGUGGCUUGGUACUGUAAUUAAGUGCUGUAGGUAAUUUCCAGCUUUCUCUCCCUCACUUGACGUAUUUUCCCCCAAAAGUAGACAGCUCAGACCUAGAAGUAGCAGGUUGCUGGCACCUAAUAAGAACCCUGAAAUCCACACCAUUAUAGAAAUACUGAAGGAAAUUGCUUGCCAAGAGUUUGUGCAACCACAUCUUAAAUCUCCCUAAUAAUUCGUAUUUCAGUGAUGCAGGGAUUUAUGAUCGUGUUGUUGUCCAGGAACUUAUCAAGACUGUUGCACAGUCACACCAGCUUGAAUCAUCAACUCAAAAAGAAUUUAAAGGUACAUUUAAAGUCAGCUCUCUCUUAGUAACGUAGAUGUCAUUGAGGACUUAGCACCAAGUAUCCAUCUUAGAGAGGUGACACCGCUAUAGAAAGCUUUUAUAUUUAUAUUUAUCUUUUAUUAUUAUUAUUACAAUACUUCCGCACAUUACAGUACACCUGCAGGACAUGUGCCUACAUUACUAAAAAGAAACAAAUAAACAACAAAAAAAGACUCUAGACACAUCUACAUACACUAAUAAUAUUACAGAAUUUGCCCAGGUCACAUUUGAACAAGAACUCCCUUCAAGAUCAAGAGUUAAACAACAGCAAACAGCUUCAACCAUUGCUCCUAAGGUGCAACCAUUUUGGUCACCAUGGCAAGUGGAACAAAGUUUUGGCAACUAAAAAUGACAGAACAGAAAAGUCGUCACUUUGGCAACCCAUGUGUAGGGAUCGCAUGCCAGGGAUCAGUGUUUUGACGAGUUAGAGUAUAUGGCCCUUCUAUUAUAAAAAAGUCAUAUACAUUUGCAUCAAAUAUUAAUUCAUCUUGUAAUUCAUCUCUUUUUCACUUUGUUCUUGACAUGUCACAUACACCAAUUCAGCUAGCAAAGGGGGUCGGUGUAAGAGGUAAGGUGUCACUUAAGCACAUCCCUAAAGCUGAAUGCUUUUCACAGUUGUAGUUUUGACUGAAGUGGACAGACUAACAAAGGAUGCUCAACAUGCACUUCGGCGGACCAUGGAAAAGUACACAGCAACAUGCCGACUGAUCUUGUGUUGUAACUCAACAAGCAAAGUAAUUCCUGCAAUUCGAAGUCGUUGUCUGGGAGUCAGAGUUGCAGCACCUACAAUAGAAGAGGUAAUGAGUGAGAAUCCUGGUUACAGGCUGUACAUAUACUGUGUAACUAAUUCAGUCUGUACAUUCCUCACUUAAAACACUGACCUUUCUCCAUGAAUUACAAAGGACCUGCAAAACUGAGUGGUAUACAAUGUAACACCGACUGCCAAUACCUAUGAUCCAAUCACAAAAGUUGACACCUUUCAGUUGUUAGAUGGUGUAGAUCUUGCGCCGUUCCCUAAGAUGUCACUACAUUUGUAUUUAUUUAUUUAUUUAUUUAUUUAUUUAUUUAUAUCGCUGCCAUGUAAGUCCAAAAUUCAAUAAUCAGGGUUGUCAAAAGUAGCCAGCUGCCGGCGGAAAUUGCCGCCUACUUGGUUAGUAUCGGCCGGCUACUCUGCUUGGCAUUUCUUUACGGAUAGCGUUUUUUAAAUAAAAUAUCCCUGGACUGGCCGCUUUACUUUGACAACUCAGCCGUCUACUUCAAAACUUCCUGACAACCCUGAAUUUUACUGAAUAUAAUAAAGGACUGCUAAUAAUUAUACAGUGGAUGCUGUCCUUCAAACUUGAGAUGUCCAAAAGUUGUGUUUCACUGCCUAUACAGCGUUCAUUAUACUAUUGAACAUUCCAAUUAAUAUUGUUGUGAAAAAAACUUAUAUGCCAUGUACAUGUAUUUUAUUAAUACAUGUAUUCAAAGUGGAUUGGAGUUAUGUUAUAAAUUAAAAUAGUUGUUAUUAAAAAUCUCAGUCCUUUCAUAUUGCACAACUCCCCACCAAAACAUCUUAAAUUUUGAUUGGUUUGUCUCUACUUUAUUAAACCCUUAAAGUUGUGAAGAAUUUGUAGGAAAUUUGUUGUGACAUUCUUUGGAACAUUUCUUUACCUCAUUAUCUCUCUUCUUCAGGUCUGUCAAAUCUUGCAUAAUGUCUGUAAGAAAGAGGGUCUGACUCUCCCACCAGAGCUAUCCAAGAGAAUUGCCGAGAAGUCAAACAGGAAUCUUCGAAGGGCCUUGCUUAUGUGUGAAGCUUGCAGAGUUCAACAGUAUGUACUAGAUAAAACCCAAAUUAGCCUUCUGGGAAGGGUUGUUCACCUUUCAACAUGCAUCCUGUAAAAUGUUGGACACUUUCCAUUCAGUCCAAAAUUUUGAAUGGAAAUCAAAUGGAACAGACCAUUUCAGUUUGGUCUGACCAAAUUAUUUGGGACAAAGGUGGUCUGCAUUGACUGGUCCUACCAGUCAGACUGAAAUGUCUCUUUUCAUUUAACAAAAUUGUUGGGCCCACAUUGGUCUCCCAUAUCCAGGUUAAGAGUAAAACAAUCAAACAUGUGUUGGCUUGGGUCAGGUCUGUGCAACCGGAAUGUACAAUGUACCAUUCCACUGGGCAUGUAAAAUUUCCAAAAUUUCAAACCUGACCUCUUUUUAAUGGUAACUAAGUGCUCUUUUUUUUUUUUUUUUUUUUUUUGUUUUUUUUUUUCCAAUUAGGUAUCCCUUCACCCCAGAUCAAGUUGUACAAGAAGCAGAUUGGGAAGUCUACUUGAAAGAAACAGCUCAGCAGAUUGUGGAACAACAGACACCAAAAAGGUUAGUUGAUAAUUCUUUCUUAAAAUGUACUUCUCAAGGCUGGAAAAAGAGCUUGAAUUCCAGCUUGUCCCUUGGGCAAGCAGCUCUCAGGGUCCAUUUUUGCUUGUCUAAGUCAAUGGUUUACAUGUAACUAAAGGAUGACUUACAGGCUGUACCUGAAUUCUUGCCUAUUGGAUAAGUGAGCUUUUUAAAUUGAAAUUUUUAGCCUGCACUGCAGGUGUAUUUUGGCGGGCGAACACUUGUUUUAUUGUUGUAGCCGCCAUCUUUAAUUUUAUGACAGAGUAAGAUUGGGGAGAGUACAAAAAAACAAACUAGAAAUAGCAACCCUUAUGGUAGGUGCUAGGAAAAAAGACUUCCUCCAUUUCCUCCUCUCUUUUGGAGUUUCAACAUGGCAUUUUGCAAGCAAAAAGGUUUGCUUGCCUGAAGAAAUGCCUGCACUGCAGGCUAUAAAUUUUACAUGUACUUGCCCUGCAAGAAUUUCUACUAGUCCCAGACUACUGGACAGGCCUUAUUUCAAGCCCUGACUUCUAUAAAAUGGACACCUCAAUAAAAUUCUGUAGUCUUUUUAUUUUACUUUCUGUCACUGUGAGAUGGACACUCACUGUGGGUCCUGAUGGUGUCCGUCUUAGAAAGAGAAGAGAGAGAGAGAGAGAGAAGACUGUACCAAUGUGUUGUUUUAAGUACUGUUGACUCUUAUUAAUUUAUUCAUCACCCUAAGGAGAAUUAGAGGUCUGUUUUCGGGCUCAUCUUUGGUGUAAUAGAGCAUCACAGCUGACGUAAAACAAAGAAAACAAAACAUCCUUAACAAUGAACCUAACCGUGACAAUAGUCCAUAAAAUAAAGACAACAAAAUAAUUAAUUAUAUUACACCGGGGAUGACCCUGUUUUUGCAGCAUAUUACCAGCUAACAGCAGAAAUUAGGGUCAGUUUCAGCCUAGGCAGCAAUUCAUGAGUCUAGGGCACAUUUGUUAUGAUUGUGUUUGCGAUUAUCCUACCUUACUACCGCCGGUUAAGGAGAAUCACGUAACAGUGCACUGGCCAAGUAUACAUGUACAACAAUAUUUAGAUCUAGUAUUAUGAAUGUUUUAAAAAGCCUUUAAAUUGAAAUUUUCUUAUUUUUGUUUUCAUGCUUUGUGUUGUAUUUAUGUAUGUAGGUUGAUGGAAAUAAGAAGCAGACUGUAUGAACUGCUCACCCACUGCAUUCCCCCUGAUAUCAUUUUAAAGGUAAGCGCAGGUUUCCCAAUCAAUCAAACCUCUCAUAAAGAACACAAGAUGUAGCCUGUGUCUGUGAGCAAGCUCUCCGGGGCGCUCUGGCAGCGGGGUGGGAAAAGGGAGGAGAGCUUGCAACUACGUCUCUGGAAUUUGAAUUUCGCCUCCAAUUCCCUUGUGCCUCCCUGUCGACUGAGGUGUCAGAUAUAAGCCAAUCAGCGCGAAGCAGAAAUGAGUGCGAAUGUAAACAAACUUUGAAAAACACAUGAAAGCAUGUGCCAAGGGUAAUGAUGUCAUUACUAAUGUCAUCUCCACCAAUCAGCAUUUUGCAUCGACUUUUUCGAUGCACAUAUUCAAAUUCCAGAGACGUAGUUGCAAUCUAUCCUUCCUUUUCCUGCCCCACCACCAGAGCUCCCUGGAGAGGUGGCUGGCAGGCUACCAAAAAUGCAAAGAUUUGACUGUCACUUGCUGUGAAACGGUUUCUUACAACCUUUUCGAAAGAUUCCAGCUACAUGUUCAACUAUACGUGGUUCAGCUGGGAAGGCUGUUUUUGCCUCAGUUAAAACUUCAUAUGCAAUCUUCUUUUCAAAACGCCAAAAUUUUCGACUGCAUCGGACAAACCUCAAAUGUCCCAGUUACAUGUAAAUCACCGUUAGUGCAAGUAGGACCUUCCUUAAACAACAGUGAAAUUUGACGAAAUAUUUUAUUUUCAAGGGCUUGAUAUCUGAAUUAGUGGCCAACUGUGAUGGCAGUUUAAAAGCCGAAGUAACAAGUAUGGCGGCCCACUAUGAACAUCGCAUUCACCAGGGAAACAAAGCCAUCUACCNAAUGAUGUCAUUACUAAUGUCAUCUCCACCAAUCAGCAUUUUGCAUCGACUUUUUCGAUGCACAUAUUCAAAUUCCAGAGACGUAGUUGCAAUCUAUCCUUCCUUUUCCUGCCCCACCACCAGAGCUCCCUGGAGAGGUGGCUGGCAGGCUACCAAAAAUGCAAAGAUUUGACUGUCACUUGCUGUGAAACGGUUUCUUACAACCUUUUCGAAAGAUUCCAGCUACAUGUUCAACUAUACGUGGUUCAGCUGGGAAGGCUGUUUUUGCCUCAGUUAAAACUUCAUAUGCAAUCUUCUUUUCAAAACGCCAAAAUUUUCGACUGCAUCGGACAAACCUCAAAUGUCCCAGUUACAUGUAAAUCACCGUUAGUGCAAGUAGGACCUUCCUUAAACAACAGUGAAAUUUGACGAAAUAUUUUAUUUUCAAGGGCUUGAUAUCUGAAUUAGUGGCCAACUGUGAUGGCAGUUUAAAAGCCGAAGUAACAAGUAUGGCGGCCCACUAUGAACAUCGCAUUCACCAGGGAAACAAAGCCAUCUACCAUCUGGAGGCAUUUGUGGCCAAAUUCAUGAGUAUUUACAAGCGGUUUUUAGAGGAAGGCAUGGCUGAUUUGUUUUAG